AUGGGAGCAGUGCUGAGUUGUUGCUUUAAGAAUAGGACCGGUUCCCCGGACGAGGAGGCUUUGUUAAGGGGCGGUCAGAACGGUUACGGUGCUGCAGGUAGCACUGGUCCUCAAGACGGGUACGAUUCAGUGCAAGACCAGCUGAGAGAGCAGGAGCUCCAGAUGAGACAGAGAGAUAACGAGCUGAAGGACAUUGUUGCGCAGACAAACGACAAGCUGAUCGACAUCUCGAUGGUGAGCAACAGCGGGAUUGUAGUACAAAGCGGCGAUUUGGAUCAAGCGGAAGGCUCAGAUUCGCUGAGAGGUGGCCAAAAUAGUAACCAGAACAGUAUACAGGACACUACCGAUCGCAGUGGAUUGGAAGAACCGCAGGACGCAAGUUCAGCUGCCGGAAAUGGACCGUUUGCUAACCCAAGCAGCGCGGGCGACAAAGACUCACAAGACCCCAAAUUCACCGCAUUGGAUCCAUCCACAAUCACAAAGGAAACCAGGGGGCACCUGGAACAACUGUACGACACGAUGAUGGCAGAACUGGAACAACAAUUGCAAGUCCAAGUGCCGGGGGAGCUGACCAUGGCAUUCUGA